AUGGCUGCCAGAACACUGAGAAUAGGCCUUAUUCCGGGCGAUGGGAUCGGUAGGGAAGUAAUCCCGGCCGGUAGACGUAUCCUCGAGGCUCUGCCAGCGUCGUUGGGCCUGAAGUUCUCGUUCGUCGACCUCGAGGCGGGAUAUGACACCUUUCUGCGCACCAAAACCGCUCUCCCAGACAAGACGGUCGAGACCUUGAAGAAGGAGUGUGACGGAGCUCUCUUUGGAGCUGUCAGUUCGCCAUCUACCAAAGUUGCGGGAUACUCGUCUCCCAUCGUCGCACUUCGCAAGAAGCUGGACCUCUAUGCGAACGUACGGCCGGUCAAGACCACGGCCGGCGCCAAUGCCUCUGCACGACCAAUUGACCUCGUUAUCGUCCGCGAGAACACCGAGGAUCUCUAUGUCAAAGAGGAGAAGACCUACGACACCCCCAACGGCAAGGUAGCAGAGGCCAUCAAACGGAUCUCCGAACGAGCCUCUUUCCGCAUCGGUACCAUGGCUGGUGACAUCGCCCUCCGUCGCCAAAAGGUUCGCGACUCUCAACAGUCAACUGCCACCGCCACCACCAGCCCAAUGGUCACCAUCACCCACAAGAGCAACGUUCUCAGCCAGAGCGACGGAUUGUUCCGCGAAACUUGCCGCAAGGCCCUUGCCGAUGACAGGUUCGACAAGGUCCAUGUCGAAGAGCAGAUUGUGGAUUCUAUGGUGUACAAGCUUUUCAGACAGCCAUCUUACUACGAUGUUAUCGUUGCUCCAAACUUGUACGGUGACAUUCUGUCUGAUGGCGCUGCGGCGCUCGUGGGAAGUUUGGGCCUGGUGCCUAGUGCCAACGUUGGUGAUGGCUUCGCUAUUGGUGAACCAUGCCACGGUAGUGCGCCUGACAUCGAGGGACAGGGGAUUGCUAACCCCAUCGCCACUAUUCGAAGUACGGCCCUGAUGUUGGAGUUUUUGGGCGAAGGAGAAGCGGCCGCUAAGAUCUAUGCUGCCGUUGAUGCUAACUUGGACGAAGGACGAUUCCUCUCUCCUGAUCUUGGCGGAAAGGCCACAACUGCCGAGGUGUUGGAAGAUGUCCUCGGAAAGCUUUGA